AAAAAAUAAAGAAAGAAACAUGCAACCAGAAUAGAAAAAAAAUGCUUCCAACACCUGGGCUGUGUGACCAAAAAGCCCAAAUCAGACUAGAAAGGAAGCCCAAAGUAGAUUAAGAAGGGCAAAAUAGGAAAAAAAUACUACUACUUCUUCCUCACGAAGGUCCGUACGAGAUUAGAAAAGACCAGGUCGAUCUGGACAUCGAGAAAAAAGAAGAAGAAAAGAAACCACGGAGAUGAGUCAAUCGAAGGGAUCGAUCAAUCAAAGGUGAACAAGAAAAGAAGAAACCAGAGAAGAUCUUGAAUCAUGAACCAUCAUCAGGAAUUACAAGAAAAAAAACAACAGUAUGGAAAGGAUCAUGUUCAGAGUAGCAGCAACACUAUGGAAAAUGAAACAAACGACAGAUCAAAAAUGAGAGGAUUGCAUGGAGUUGAGGAACCAGGAGAAGAAAAUGUUGCAUACCCUUAUUCAGACAUGCAUUUAGGACUUGGUAUGUCAAAUUAUGUCUGCAGAGAUAGUGAAGAGAAUCAGAAUGCAAUGUUCAGAACUUAUCAAAACUACAAUGACAAUGACAAACAGAAGCAUCAUAUGAAUUUAGCGCACACGCAACAAUUUAUUGAAGAACAUAUGCAGCAAAGUUUGUUCACAACACCUCCCUAUCUAUCUGGAGCAAACACAACAUAUACAGGAAUGAUGGAAGAAAUAAUUAGUUCACAAGAAGAAAGAAGACUACAAAAGGCAUGGCAGGACGAUAAUAUUUCAUUCACACAUCUACUACUUGGAAACAACAACUAUGAGGAAAACAUCGCAAAUCUGGAUAGGAACAAUGAUACAAUAAAUUACAACGAUCAUUCAAUUUCAUAUCAUGAGGAAUUUUCAGCAUUCACACAACAAGAGAGAGAAGGCGAACGAGAAGACGGCAAUUGGCAAAUUGAUAUCUUUGACAAUCUACAAAUAGAACAGGUUCAGAGAGAAUCAAUAGAUGAAGGACAAUCAUCAGCAGGAAUUGCUACAUCAACAAGCAUUGAAUCAGAUACAGGAACAUUAGAGCAGGCAACAUAUUCACAGAUCAACAAUGAUGAACAAGAGAAUGGUAGCCAAGAAAUAACAGAAGAACAAAUUGAAUCGUUUUUGAAAAGUGAACUACUUGCAGCUUCAGAAGGGAACAAUGCAGAUAUAGAUAGUAAAUACACACCUGUAAUUGGACAGGAAUUCAAGACCAAGGAUGAAGCGCACCACUACUUUAGCUUCUAUGCAUUCCUUGCUGGAUUUAAAGUUGUCAUCACACAUACUGUGAGAACAACAAGCAGAAAGAAAAAUAAUGAGAUUUUCAAGCAGGAAAUGAAAUGUAACAAGUAUGGGAAAGAAUCAAAGAAGAAGAAUGAGAAGGAAGAGCAACAAGAAGAAGGACAGAAUGCAAACAAAGGACCAAAAAGAAACACAAAUGUGGAUAUCAAAACAGACUGUCCAGUAGUAAUGGUGGUUAAGGAAACAAAUGGUAUUUGGAGGGUAACAAGGCUAGAUUUGGAUCACAAUCAUGCCCUAAGUCCUGGAUCAAGAAAUCAACUUUUUAGUGGCCACAAAUAUAUGACAGAAAUGGAGAAAUCAUUGAUCAGAACACUGAAUAACAACAACAUUGAGACUAGAAAGAUGAUUGCGAUACUAUCAUGUCUUAGAGGAGGUGUAACAGUUUCUCCAUAUGACAAGAAAGCAAUAAGCAAUUUCAGAACAAAGAUAAACAGAGAAGUAUCUGGAAAUGAUUUGAUGCAGACUUUUGAAUAUUUUAGAAAGAAGCAAUCUGAGGACCGAGCUUUCUUCUUCAAAUUCGAUUUAGAUGAAGAUAAGAAGGUUAAAAAUAUGUUUUGGAGUGACUCAUCAUCAGUUCAGUACUAUGCAGAUUAUGGGGAUUUAGUAAGCUUUGACACAACAUUCUUGACAAAUAGAUACAAUUUACCUUGUAGUCCAUUUGUUGGUAUAACAGGACAUGGGCAAACUUGCUUGUUCGGUUGUGCUUUCUUAUCAGAUGAAAGAACUGAAACCUUUACAUGGGUGUUCGAAACUUUCCUUGAAGCCAUGGGAGGCAAGAAUCCAAAAACAAUAAUAACAGAUCAAGAUGGAGCUAUGAGGUCAGCAAUUAAAAAGGUAUUUCCAAAUAGUAUUCACAGAAACUGCUUGUUCCACAUCAAGAAGAAGUGCUACGACAAAAAUAUCAAGGUCUUUGGGAAAAAGGACAAUGAAAAUCUAUGUGAAGAGUUUGAAGAUAUAGUUAACAAUUCAGUGACAAGGGAAGAAUUUGAAACAUUGUGGCAACAAAUGAUAACAAACUAUAAACUAGAGAACAAUAAAUACUUCAACAAAAUGUGGCAGAUGAGAGACAGAUUCAUACCGGUUUUCUUCAAAGAAAACUUUUGCCCAUUCCUUCAGAGCACAGCAAUAAGCGAAGGAACAAAUUCAAGAUUCAAGAAUAACAUUGGACCGACAUACAGCAUAAUGAGCUUCCUGAAAGAAUAUCAGAGAAUAGUAGACACAAUUAAUAGUUCAGAAGCAUUUGAGGACAGUAUUAGCAGAGAAAAAAGGCCUAAAGAGUUAUGGGGAGAGUAUUACAUUGAAAAGCAAGGCCAGGAAAUGUACAACAGAAAAAUAUUUAGAAAGUUUCAACUAGAAGUGAAGGCUACAUCAAGACUAAGCUACAAGGAAAAAGAAGAAGGAAAGAUCUAUGAAGUUUAUCAAAAACCGAACCAUCCUCAAAAGGAAUACAGGCCAAGAAAAUAUGUAGUGAUAACGGACCUUAAAAAUGAAGACUUUAGCUGCAUAUGCGGGAAAUUCCAAAAGGAUGGUAUUCUGUGCUCACACAUCCUAAAAGUAAUUGUUGAAGAAGACAUUAGCAGAAUACCAGAAAAGUACAUAUUGGAGAGAUGGAGGAAAAAGGAUAAGAGGGUAAUGAUACAUAGAACAGUUGGAACAAAAAAAUCUCAUCAACUAUUAAGAUUCAAUGUACUAUCAAGAAAAUCAGCAUUGCUAUCAUCAAAAGGGUCAUACAAUGAUGAUACAUGUGAUUACCUUGUGCAAGAGUUUGAUAGGAUUGAGAAAGACCUAGACUCAAUGAUUAAUAAUGAAGCAAGAAAUAUCAUCCCUGAAGAUGAACUUGAAAGUUCGCAUGUGAUGGAUCUAACAGCACAAAGUAUUUCUGACAACAUAACUGGAAGAAACCAAGACGAAGCAGAUUUUGAGAUCCUUGAUCCAGACAGAAUAAAACAAAAAGGAAGACCACCAAAACCAAGAAGACUGAAAACAUUCGUAGAAGAGAAGAAGGAAAAAUUGGCCAAGGAAGCAGAGCAGAAUGAAAGGAAAAUAGCAAAGCAGAAUGAAAGGAAAAAAAUGCAGCAGCAAUCAAAGCAUAAGAAAGACGAAUCAACCAGUCCUAACGGAAAGACAAAAAAGAAGAGAAAGAAAGGAUCGGGCAUUAGUGCAGACAAUACUCAAGGAUGAAUGAAGGCAAAAAAAAAGGAAAAUCAAUUUCAUGGAAGAUCAUGAAAAGUGACAUAUUUUAGCAACUAGAAAAAGAAGCAUAUUAUACAAGUGAGGAGUCAAAGAUAAUCAAACAUUUAGUAGAUAGUAGCAAGAGCAUAAAGCAGUAAGACAAAUGUUCUGAUAUGUUCUAUUACAAGCUGUAUCAGCCAGAUCUCUUUGUAAUUGAAAAUACUACU